AUGGUUAAGGGAUUCAAUUCUUCUAAGAACACGGUGGUUGGGUUGUCUUCUUCAUCCCCUGUAAUUCAAGUGAACAUGGAAAAGAACGCUAUAACUGGUACUGGGUCGAACAUUGGAUCGUUAAUUGGAAUGAAAAUGCACAAGGGCAUGGUGAUUGAUGAGCCGAAUGCUUCCAAGGAUUCCAAUUCUUCGCAGAUUAUGGAAAAUAAUUUGUCUUCUCCAGCGUUGGGAUCGACAGUUGCUAAUAAAGAUGUCAAGGGUAUUUUGGGAAAGUCCCCAUUAUCGCAAGCUGCACCUGUUAUUUCAGGUACCAAAUUAGUCUCUGAAGAUAAUCUUAUUAAUCCAAUUAGUAGUCCUAUUAAUUGUAUUGAUGAAGAUAUGAAAGAAUCACUGAAUGAGAAUGGAAAUUUGGAAGCUGAUACUGGUAAUGAUAUGAAGAAGGAACAGGGAACGAACUUCUUGAGCAUGGAUUUUACCAAACCUGUUGCAUCCCCUGCAGCUAAGUUAGUAAGUGAUUAUAAUAAAAAAUCUUAUGCUCGUAUGGUUGAACCAACAAAUAUUGCUGUGGAUCUUAACAUCAAAGUAAUUCCAAAAGAGGAUGGAAAGCCUAAAGGGAAAGUAGAGUUGCCUUAUGCUGAUUUAAUGCUGGGUGGAGCUCCUUAUCAUGCUACAUUGUAUGGGUUUUUUGUGGGGAAAAAACUUGCGUUUCCAACUGUUAAUCAUUUUUCUUUUAAGAUGUGGAAGAUAUUUGGGCUGAAAGAUGUAAUGGUUAAUGAUGAAGGAUUCUUUUUCUUUAAAUUUGAUUCUAAGGAAGGAAUGAUGAAUGUGCUGGAGGGAGGUCCAUGGCUGAUUAACAAUGUGCCGAUGUUUGUACAAAGAUGGAGGCCAGGUCUUGUUUUGAGUAAACCACAAAUCAACUCAGUUCCUGUUUGGGUUAAAGUGUUUAAUGUUCCAUUGGAAUAUUGGAACAGCAAAGGAAUUACUUUGAUUGCUAAUGAGAUUGGGAAACCAAUUGCCAUGGAUAAAAUAACUCAAAAAAUGUGUAAUGAACAUUGGGGAAGACCAGCAUUCAUGAGAUUUCUUGUGGAAAUGUCAGCAGAAGCAGAUUGGAUGAAAGAGUUAAGUGUGGUCUCAAUUGAUUUUGGGACAGGAGAAAAAGUUGAAUCAAAGUGUAGGGUAGAGUAUGCGUGGAGACCCGAUGUUUGUAAUCACUGCAAAAUAUAUGGGCAUAAAGAUAGCAAUUGUGGAAUUCUUAAUGGGGAAAAAAAUGAUAAUGGUGUUGAUGUUGCUGUAAACAGAGAAGAGGAUGGGAAAAAAGAUAAAGUUGAUGAUGAUGGGUUCAUUUUAGUCACAAAGAAAAGCAACAAAGGGCAGAAGUUCAACAAUAAAGGUGUGAUUAUUAAUGAAGAAGGGAAAGUGGAUUUAAUUAAGUCCUUGGAGAAAAACUCGAAACCUGUUAGUGAAGGAGAUAAAGGUGGCAGCAAUGAAGGAAAGUCUAUAGAGGAGGGUGAGCAAAGGAAAAAUAAUAACAAACAAAUUGAAGGAAAAGAAAAGCAAAAAGACGAUAAGAAAGAAGAACAAAACAGAAAAGGGGCUGAAGGUAGAAAUAAUGGGGGAAAUUAUUCGAAAUUUGCAGUGGGCAAUCUCAAAAAAGAUGGGAAGGAGAAAGGGGUAUUUCAGUCAAAAGAGGAUAAAAAUGGGAAAGUGAAUGGUACAGGGGUGUUUAUCCCAAAAGAAAAAAUGGGGAUAAGAGUUAAAAAUGUUAUUGAAAAUUUUAAUGCUAAAAAAGAUGGAAUGCAGGGGAAAAAAGAAGAAAAUCAAAAAAAGGUGUAUGUUCCUAAAAAGCAGGUGGAUUUAAAAGUUAGUUAUAAAUUUGACAAAUCAGGUUCUACUUCAGGAAAAGAUAAUCAAGAUGAGAUAUUAUCACAAAACCCCUUUGAUGUGCUUGCUGAUUUGGGAUUAAGGGAUAUGUCUUACUUAGAUGAAAUUGAUCAGGAGAUGAUUUUAACUGGAGGUGGCCAGGAGAUGAACACCGAAAAUUCAAAUGUUGAUCAAUGA